GUCGCAGCCAGAUCGGCUCCGCCUUCACCCCUUGCAACGGGGAGCUGCUCAAGACUGAAGGAGGCGAAACUGCCACCGCAUAAGGCCUGCCAUCCGCACAGUUGACUGGUGAUUUGACUGAUGACCUCUGUGGCCUCUGUAGCCUCUCGCUGUCUCGCCGCCGCCGCCGCCGCCGUCGCCGCCGCACCGCGAUUUGCUCGCUUUUACUCCGUAGUUGCCUGUCUGCUUGCUGCUUUGCUUGCGCCCCCAGCUGAGGCACUAUAUUCUGGAGUACAUGCUGGUACUUCAUGCAUGCAUUUCUUCGGCUUUGGCACUAAGGCAACGCGGUCCGAAGGGCAGAGACGCUGCCAGGUUCCCUCUCGUCAGUUGUCUCUUGUCUCUGGUAUGAGUACCAGCAACCUCUCAAGCGGCGUCCAGUGGUGGCCAAAGCCUCUCCCCGCGCAGGCUCUGACCGUACCGAUACCAGCUCGGUACGCUCACCUCACACUUACCCGCUUUGCUGCUACGCCUAUGCCAGUGCUGCGACUAUUAGCAGGACGCCACACCACAGAACACGCACGCUUCUAGGCUGCAGAGCCUGCAAGUCUGAAGAGACCCGGUCGUCCGCUCGAUACUCUGUCUAGACCCACGCCCAGCCCCCCUGUAGCCUCGAAGGAUGUACUUGUCUUGCUAUACACACCCCCUCCCCACCCUGUAAGUACUGGGUCCCUUCAGAGGUACAAGCACACACACUGACAGACGACUGGGGAUCCACUCGCUCAUGGAUGGACGGAUUCGAAGGCAAGUGUACCAUAUUAUUAUAAUACGGUACCUGACGGCAUCAUAUUCUGGUCCUUUUUUUUUCUGUCCCACUCAGAGAAACAAGUUUUACGUCUUUCAUCUUUCAGACUCGAAUCGCAGUUUCCUGUCUGCUGGCC